GCACUUUUUUUGUGGACUCAUUAGUUCAUUUGUCGAUAGUACCUGCAGAAGGACUCUGCUAACAGCUAAGAAAUCCACCACCCCCGAGUCUUUUUACUUAUUUCUGGGAUCGGGAUUUGAACCACCUUGGGCUGUUUGCACGGUGCGAUGAGGAGGUGCCUCCCCGUUGCUCGGCGCGCGCUCUUCGGGGCGUCCUCGCCGGGUGCCGACGAAGGGCCAGCUCUGGCCCUUCUUGCUGUAAAGGGCAGCCACCUCUGGUGCCCGGCGUCAUUCCCUGCCCUGUGCCCCUGCAGCCCUCAGCAGUCAUAGGAGCUCCAGCUAUUUUGCCAACAGGAGUUGAGCUUCCCCAAACUAGUUUUGUUGCUGGGGUGCAGGUGCAAAUGGUCAUCAGUGUUUUUCCCAGUGUAGCCCAGAUAACAGACCAGAAAAUGGAGAACCCCUCUCUUAUUACCUUUGCUUCUGUGGUUUUGUUCAUCAGCUCAACAUUUCAGUGGGAACACUGAGGAUAAACACUUUGAAACCUAGAGUGUAAUAAACUUUUGAUGUCUGCUUACAGUGAUGAGGAAGAGAUAGAUCUGUAUCGAUCGAGAGCCUGUGGAGAUUAAACCCAGCUUUUUUCUGUUCACAUAAAUUACAUGUAUGUUUAGGAAUGGAGAAGUAAUCCAGAAUAACCUCUGGAAUGACUCUUCUAAUUCCCACCCACUAGGUAUUGUUGCAUCCUGGCUUUCCCUUUAGGGGAGCAGUUGUACUUACCCUACCCGCAUGCUUUUUAUACCUUGCACCACUUCGUUGUUUUGAAUGUUUCAUGCUUCACCUUAGUAUUUUGGCAUUUUCAUUUGCAGCAAGAGCUUUUCCUACUGAGCCUCUUUAUCCUCUGUUGGGAGGAAGAAGAUUGUGCUGAGGCAGCUAGGAGGCAAAACCUUCUGAGUUUCCAGUAGAUUUGGAGCAAUGGACAUCAAAGAGAGAGUAUUAGAAGAGUGCUGGGGACCCCUCGAAUAGAAAGGGAAUUCGAGUUACAAUCAGAGAUAAGAGAAGCAGCAGCAUGCUCCCUAAUCAUAGCUGAGAAGGUUGUGAAGGAAUGGAGAUGGGCCCAUGACACAUUUGAAGACCUGUGGAAGAAAAGACACGUAGUAUGUAGCACCUGAUCUGUUUCUUAGUGGGACCCAAGGGCAGCGGCGGGACUGACCAGCCCAUGCACCUGAGGUGUGUCGCUGGGGUGGCAGGAGCACAAGAACAUCCGUAGGCAGGAGAGUGAGAUGGUAUAAGAUGUUUCGAGCAAUGGGAGUAAAGAGGGCAGAGAAAGACAGCUCCUUGACGCUGUUUUCACUCAUUCAGAAUGAAGAGGAGGAGGGAGAGCAGUGUUCAGCAGGACAGAGCCUGUUUCUUGAGAAUGCUGGUGAGGUCCUGGGCCAGUGGAGAGACUGUAGUGGUGCAUUUGGCACCAGCAGCACCCAGAGCUGAACAGGGCUGGCUCCUGCUGCAGUGGUGACAUAGGUUGCAGCUUUCAUGGCUAGGGAGACGUUGUCUUUAGGGACUUCAGGGAGCUAGGGUUUUGCAGGGUUCGGAAGGGGUUUUAUUUGUAACUGUAUCUGAUAGGCCUGUGUGGUGGCGUGUUGACUGUCCAAGCUUCCCUGAGGUAAUCCAGUUACAGGCAGCAACUGCACGAGCUUCUCAGUUGAGCCAAUGUCCAGCUGAGUCCAUGUGCAUUGCCAUGGCACAGCUAAUGCCACUGACGGUAACAGCAGUUAAUCUUGGCAUACAGGCAACAGAAAAGCCCAUCAGAAAAGACCACCAUGUCAUUUCAAGCACCGUGUAGAAGUCUUCAGGUUUGGAUGCAUACCCUUCCCUGCAUGAUUAAAACGAUAAGAUGGUUUCACCUUCAGGAAACAUCCAGUGUCAGUAAAAUGGCUUCUCUGUAAUAGUCCUAGAAAGGAGAUCAAAGGAGAUAAGAUCAGACUGAAAGGAGAUAGCAUCGGCUGAAGGAAUGGUGUCAGAUUAACAAUAAGGAAAACAAGCACAGAGGAAUUCAGUAGGUGAGCAAGUUACUGGGCCUGUCUGGCUGGUCACUGCUCAGUCAGCUGCAGAGAAACACCCCAGAGAAAGCCUGUCUGCCUGGCGGGACCGCAGCGGGCUCACAGAGCUCGACUCUGCCGCUGCCGUGACCUUCACUGGGGAGGCGACAGGUACCAUGUGCAUGCUUAACAGGGCUGGCUCAGCCCAGUACCUACAGAGCCUUCGCUGAAAAGAGAAGGACUUUCCCAAGGCGGUCUGCAUGUGGAAAUGACCUUGUCCUGCACUGAGAAUGGGCCAGAAGGUCUCGCACGAAGACAACCAGGAGAACAAGGCUGAAACGUUAGUCCUCUGUGAAGUCUUCAGCCAAGGCGUGGUUCAUGCAUCUGAAAGGAUGAAGAAUUAUCUUGGUUUUGUGGAUCCCCAGAGCAAAUUCCAGCCAGCCACAGACAAGCUGAGCGAGAUCUUUUUGGUCAACUUCAUCAGCUUCUGCGUGGAAAAGGGAGUGGAGGAACGUAUCGUGACCAGCAAAAUGACCAAGCAGCAGCCCUCCCUCUUGGGAGUGGACUGGAUCUGGACUCUUUCUGGAGCUGACAAGCAAAUCAAACUUCAGGUCGCCGUACAGGCUUUACAGCCUUACUGCUUACUGCUUACAGCUUUACUGGCUGAGCUUUUCUGCAGCAAAGGUGGCCCUGCCGAGGCGGCGGAGGACUGCUGCCGGGAAGUAGCGCUGGCAGACCGGCGCUUCCAAAACAAGAGCAGGUUUGAGAAGCUGGCAGAGUUCUGCUGCCUGGUAGGACGGGACUGCCUGGGCUUGUUCCUCAUGUUUGGUGUGCCAGGGAAGCCUAAGGACAUCCGAGGAGUCAUGCUAGACAGCGUUGCCAACAAGGAGCAAAAAUGCCACCUGUCAGGCAGGAAUGCGCUACGGCAAUUUGUCACCAGUACUGACAGCUUCCUGCCCACAAAAGACAUGCUGGAAAACUGCCUCUGUGCAAAAAACGGACAGAAGGAGGUGGGCAAUGUGUACAUAAAGUUUCUGUAAACCACUGGCUAGCAGCAGUGGCUCUUUUUACACCAGCACCUCUCGCUUUUCUUCUCCCAUGCUCUUCCCUCCAUCUCCUUAUUUCCUGCCUUCCCCUCCGCAUGUCGCGUUCCCUCAGCUCCUGCAGGAGCCAGGCUCAGUCAGCCUUCCCAGGCUUUAAAACAACAGGACCUACCUGCCAGAAAAAUGAGCUUAUAGACAGCACAUCAUUUUUCCAGAACAUGUUGUUCACCAGACAUUAAGUCUUGGCUGGAGCUGAUGAAAGCUUUAGUGCCCUGAGCCUUUGGGAGGUCGUGGUAGAUUUGACUCACAGCCUUUGUUUACUGUGCAGCCCAUUUUUUUCCUCUAUUAGGAGGUUGAGUCCAUAAUGAAAUGUACUGGUGCUGGUCAGAUUUUCCUUGAGCAUGAAGGACAACACCAGGGCUUAAAAAGGCUGGUUUGGAGGAGUGAGCUGGUUCCUAACGAAGAUGAAAACCCCUUCCCUGUGAUAGAAAUGAGUUCUAAGAGAAGCCUGCUACUUACCUGCCCCUUAAACUAGAUCAGUGCCAGUCAGUGGAGGGCCCUGAAGCUGUGACUGAAACUCAGGGGCAGGGCUGGUCCCCACUGCAAAGCCCAGCCUUGCUGAGCAGCUGUGUCAGGUCAAGGUGUGGCAAAAGGCAGUGGCAGGGGUAAAGAAAACUUGGGGGAAAGUCAACAAACAGGGACAAAGACCUGGGCCUGGAGACAUUGGUGAGAGUUCUUGCUUUUCACAGCAGCAGAGGCAGCUCAUCACCUCUCCUGACAGCAAAAGUCUGGAGGAGGCAGAAGUAUUUCAUUUGGCAUUUGUUUUCAGUAGCUUAGCAGCUGAUUUUCAUUUACGGCCUGAUUUAUUCAAUUUCUCUCAGCUUUUAGUGGACAAAGUGAGACUUCUAGGUCUCACAAUUUUAAUUUCUUUCAGCCACAGUUAACCAGUGAAGGAUGACCUGAUCAGUUUUCAAACUGGUCAACUCUGUUUAUAGCUUUGUCAGUGCAAAAUUCCUCUGCCUGUACUUUUCCUAUCAUUUUAUUCUAUUUAUUUAACUGAAUAAAAAUAAUUUCAAAAGCUUGUGCAUAUUUUACUAUUUACUAUCUAAGUUAUAAGAUGGGGCAGCUGUGACAGCUGAGA